AUGUUUUCCCGUUCGGACGGUUCGUAUAAUCGCAGGUCAGUGCAGAGUAUAGCUUACUACUUUGAUGUCAAAGCGAAGCUAUGGGCACCUUUGCCAUUUGUAGCACAAUCAGAUGAAGAAACUAGCUCGUACUUUUGUGCUGAACGCAGUGGAAACUAUUUAUUUGUAGCUAGACAGAAGCAUAACAAGGUUAAUUCCAUAGAGCGAUAUGAUGUGGUAAAUAACUCAUGGGUUGAAUUACCAGAGGAAGGAAACAAUCACAAAGUUGACUGCUUGUGUUCCGUUGGUGACUAUCUUUACGCCAUUAGUGAGUCAAAUCCUCCUCAAAGGUACAGUUUGACAAAUAACAGUUGGCAAGGUGGAGUAAGAUUAGAAGUAAAAGAAGGGUUGGAGACGUUCAGUACUGUAUUAGCAACAGUGAUGAACUCUAAAAUAUAUGUAAUUCAUGGCUAUCAAAGAAAUAAAAUUGGAAUAAGUGACACCCGUUGGGUCAAUGAACCAGCUGUGGUUCAUUGUUUUGACCCAAAAUAUAAUUUGUGGAAAAAACUCGCGUCAACCUGCCAUCCUCAUUUUGAAUCCAGUCUUUUGGUUGUCAGUAACAGACUAUGUGUGGCGGGGGGUUGGGAAAAUGAACGGGUUUUUCAUAAACCUGCACCUGUGGAAGUGUACAAUGAAACUACUAACACCUGGUCUGUAGUGCCUCAGAAACAUAUUCCCCCAAACAACUUGGGUGCAGUUGAAAUAGAGGGGAGGGUGUAUUUCAUCAUCAACAAAUUUCCAGUUAACAGUGGGAUAAGAAUUCCACCUGAGGAAAUGUAUCAAGUUGACUUAAGUGGUUGGGGAGAUCUAGCUAAAGUCGAAAGAGGAACAGUUUUGUGUUAUUUGCCUGUCAACAUGGCAAACUUGAGCAGAGAAAAAAAUUCAGAUCAAGGAUGGCAGUGCUACUGAAUAUGAACUUCUCUUAGGUAUAUGAGAAACUUAUAGGUAACUUAACAUCAAGAAAAUUAGUAUUUCUGCGAAAUACAGUAUUUGUUUGUAAUCCCAUUUCUAAAACACAGUUAGUGGGAAAAUAAGAAUGAACUAAGAAAAUAACCGAUUCCUUUGUCUUUCCUUAUCUCUUUACCGUUUUAGCCACUGUUUUUGGCUUUUGCCUUUUGCACUUUGUCUAAAAACAAGGAAAUUUACAUAUCGUCUAGUAAGCCGGCUAAAUUAAAUUUUCUCUAUCAAGUUAAACGUUUUAUUUUAGUGAGUAGCAUGUUGAGACAGAUGCUACCUAUUUUCAUACAGUUUUCUGCCAAAAGGGCCUCUCUGGACCCUUAAAUUGUAAUUUUUAAGAUCAUUUUUUGGCAUUGUUUUUGUAGCAUUUUCCUUGUCAAUAAUUUUUAAUUCACUUUAAGGUGAAGUGCACACGGGCAAGAUGUCUAGAACUAUUGUUGUGUUCGCAGUUGUAUAGCAAUUGUCUAAGUGAAUCAGUCAAAAUAUUUUCAGCUAGGUUACAUAGAUAUUUAGCUAUGGGCUAUUUUUCAUUGGCACCAAAAUCAGUUCCGAGUAGCCUUAAAAUGUUUAGGCACAGCUUUAUAGGACUUAGCUUAGUGCUAUGUUUUUAAAAGGUAAAUUAAUUUUUGCCGUGUGUCUGUUUAACAAAUAGGUUCCAAGUUGCCGUGCGUCUGUUCAGUAAUAGAUCACAGAUGACGUCAAAAUGUGGUAAGAACAAAAAAGUGG